AGUUUUAGUAAUUGGAAAAGUUAUAUUUAUAACGUAUGAAUAUUUUCCACAAUUAACCUCAUACUUCCACAAUUAACUUCAUACUUUGGAUAUAUAUCAACCAUGCCAAAACGAAAAUUAUUAUCGCAAAUGUCAGAAAGACAUUACAGACGAUUGAAACGUAAUGCACUUAAUAUUGCAAUUAUAGAAAGUAUAGAUGAGCAAUCCAUAAAUGAGCUAUCAGUAGAUAGUAAUACAUCAAAUGUUACUGCCACUAAUGAUCAUAACUUCGAUCAAGCAAUAAAUGUAACAACAAGGAAAGAACUGUCGCAACACCAUGACAAUAUCACUGAUACUUACAAUGAAAAUACUACAUAUAAUCUUUAUUGUAACAGUGAUUUUAUUUUGAAGCAAAGUAAUAAUACUUUGAAGGACUCAUGUCCAAUCGCAUCCAUUUGUAACGAGAAAAAUAAUGAUUUUACGAAUUUGUCUUCUAUUCAAUUAAUUAAGGGCGAGUUAAUAAACUGGGCAGUACAAUUUCAAAUAUCACAAACAGCAAUUACAGCAUUAUUACAGAUUUUAAGAAAAUAUAACUUUGACAGCUGUUUACCGAAAAACUGUAAAACGUUAUUGAAAACAGCAAGAUGUACGAGCAUACGGAAAGUUGCUCCAGGAGAGUAUUUUCAUAAUGGCUUAAUAUCAGGAAUAAUGGAAUUUUUAAGAAAUGAUCCAGAUAAUGUUGAUACCGUUAAAGUGCAAAUUAGUAUAGACGGACUACCAAUCUCAAACUCUUCUACUAAUCAAUUGUGGCUUAUCUUAGGCUCGAUAGCGCCCAACUUUCGUACCAUUUUUAUUAUUGGAUGUUAUUUUGGUCCCAAGAAACCAGACGACUGUAACGAUUUUUUGCGUGAUUUUGUGAAUGAAGCAAAAAAUGUUGUAACUGAUGGACUUGAUUAUGGAGGAAAGCAUAUAUGUAUAUCCAUACAUUCUUUAAUUGCUGAUGCACCUGCAAAGUCUUUUGUAACAGCUACAAAAGGGCAUACAGGUUACUUUAGUUGUGCGAAAUGUACAACUGAAGGUGAAUACAUUCUACACAGAAUGUGUUUCCCAAAUAUAAAUUGUCCUGAACGGACAAACGACAGCUUUAUUAAGCAAUCACAAAAAGAACAUCAUAUUGGACAGAGUAUAUUAAUAAAUAUUCCAAAUUUUGGAUUAAUUAGUCACAUCCCGUUGGAUUAUAUGCAUUUGGUUUGCAUUGGUGUAGUAAAGAAAAUGUUGAACUUUUUGUUAUCGGGGCCGUUAAAUGUACGAUUGCCAACACAAGUAAUACACAACAUUUCGAGGUUGUUAAUUGGAAUGCGCACAUCAAUACCUAUAGAAUUUGUUCGUAAACCACGAGAAUUGCAUUUCUUAAGUUUAUGGAAAGCCACUGAGUUGAGACAAUUUCUUUUAUAUACGGGUCCAAUUAUUUUAAAGAAGUACAUAAAUAAAGAUGUUUAUAGAAAUUUUUUAACGCUGCACGUGGCCAUUCGGCUACUAUGUUCUCCACAGCUUUCUUUCGUUUCUUAUGCGGAAUCUUUACUAGAACAUUUUGUACGGUCAUUCACAAUCUUAUAUGGACCGCAGCAUAUCUCUCACAAUGUACAUGCGUUAAUUCAUUUAGUGGAUGAUGUUCUAUCAAAUUAAAUUUAUGUUAUUAUGAUGAUGUUAGAAAAUUUGGAACAUUGGACACAUUCAGCGCUUUUCGAUAUGAAAAUUAUUUAAGAAAAGUAAAACGGUUUAUUAGAAAAGCUGAACGUCCAUUGCAACAAAUCCACAAUCGUUUAACAGAAUUGAAACAUGGUUUACUAUUCAAAGAAGAAUGUCGAAAAAUAGGUGUAUAUGGAAUACACAAUGCAGGACCUAUUUUACCCGGGAUAAAUAGUCCUCAAUAUUCAAUAUUUAUAACAGCAGAUUUUACUUUAUCUAUUCACAAACCAAAUAACUGUUGUGGAUUAAAUAAUGGCUCAAUUGUAGCAAUAAAGAAUAUUGCUACAACGACCUCUAAUAAACUUUGUAUUAUUGGUCGAGAAUUCCUUAAUUUGAGUGACUUCUAUACGGAACCGUGCAAUUCCUCUUUGUUGGGAAUAUAUAAAUCUAACGAAUAUGGAUAUUUAUCAGUUUGGCCUAUAACGUUUGUUACGACGAAAUAUGUGAAAUUUGACCUUUGCAAUUCUGCAUUUAUACUUUUACCAUUGUUACAUACAGAAAAGAUGUAAUUUUGUUCUUCAUACAUCUUGUUAAAUUUGAAGAUGGAUUACAAGUGAUACCAGAUAACUGGAU